AUGCUGAAAGCGACACGUAACUCGCGUGAGCGUUUGUUGAGAAGAGAACCAGCGACCAAAUUCUCCUCUCUUUAUCUCUCUCUUUCUCUCUCUCUCACACACACACACAUACAUUUGAUCGGAGACGACGAGCGACUGAAAUCUGAAACAAUCAAAAACCAAAGUGGUGGUGGUAUGGAGUUCGAUAGUGGAAUUCCGAUGUCACGACCGCCUGUCACCGCCGAAGUAUCGUCGUCUUUGUCUCCGCCGUUAAACGAAGAUGCAUUGUGGCAAUUGAACUUGAGAUCAAGGGAAUCAAUGGAGUCAGGACCUUAUCCUGUUCGUGAAGGAGAACCAGAUUGUUCGUACUAUAUCAGAACUGGCCUUUGUAGGUUUGGGGCAACUUGUCGUUUCAAUCAUCCUCCUAACAGAAAACUGGCUAUUGCAACUGCAAAAAUGAGAGGAGAAUAUCCAGAAAGACCAGGCCAACCUGAAUGCCAGUACUACUUAAAGACAGGCACCUGCAAAUUUGGAGCAACAUGCAAGUUUCAUCAUCCCCGAGAGAAAGCUGGAAUAGCAGGGCAAGUUUCACUGAAUGUUUUGGGUUAUCCACUUCGCCCGAAUGAGGCUGAAUGUGCUUAUUAUUUAAGAACUGGACAAUGCAAAUUUGGAAACACUUUACAAUCUCCAACAAGUCCUGGUCAACAAUGGUCGUUGACCAGAGCUUCCUUUGUUCCUAGUCCACGCUGGCAACCCCCUUCAAAUUAUGCACAGAUGAUUUUACCACAGGGUGUGGUUUCAGUUCCAGGAUGGAAUGCCUACAGAGGUUCUAUGGGUUCCCUUUCAUCUAUAGAGAGUCAACAUCAACAUCAACAUCAAGCAGCAACUGGAAGCAAUCAAGGCUAUUAUGCACUGGAAAGGGAGAAUGUAUUCCCUGAGAGACCUGGUCAACCUGAUUGCCAAUUUUACAUCAAGACUGGAGACUGUAAGUUUGGUGCGGUUUGCAGAUUCCAUCACCCAAGGGAAAGGGUGAUUCCGAUGCCGGACUGUGUACUCAGUCCAAUCGGCCUUCCUUUACGUCGGGGAGAGCCUUUGUGCAUUUUCUAUUCUCGUUAUGGGAUAUGCAAAUUUGGUCCAAGUUGCAAGUUUGACCACCCGAUGGGAGUCUUCACUUACAAUUUAUCUCCAAAUUCAUCUGAUCGACACAACAUGUUAGCAUCAGCAUCUGGUGGAAGCGGGGUACUCAAUAUUACAUCACAAGGGAAUAUGGAGGGUGUCUCAGUUACACUAUCAGAGAGAAUACAAAUGCCUUCAAAUGAUAAUUCCAUUGACCAUCAAGAAUAAGAACAAGGACAAGGACAAGGACACCUCCUAUUCAAAAAGUUGUCUUUGACUUCAUUUAUAUGUUGUUCAUGUACAGAAUGCAUGUUAAAAAUCAACCUAUUCUUCUGGAAUUCAAUUCCAUCGAUAGGCUUUAAUUAUCUUCACAUCCAUAUAAUGCUCUGUUUUUUGACACAUUUGGGUGAGAUAAAAAAGUUUUUAAGUUUUUGUCUAAUUUAC